AUGGAUACUAGACGUACGAUGGGGGAUGCGUCUGUAUUCAUUGUGCUCUUCGCGCCUACCAGCGGCAGUGUUCGGCGGCGGCGGUGGAUGAGUGGACGGCUUUAUGUUGGGUUCAACAGAGCCACACUGGUGGAAGACACUACUCGAAAGUCGGUGUGUGUGGCCUCAGGAACAGGCCUUCGCCCCAAUGCUGUAUUCGCGAUGAUGCAGGCAGCGGAGAAUGGAGCAGCAUGGCAGACUGGUACAGAGCUGAAACUGGAACGAUACGUUGUGCAGAUUGAAGAUGUGGUACACUUGCAUCUACUGCCAUACGCAACUUGCUGCAGUGAUACAGAAGAAGGGGCAAAUGCCAUUGAUGAGGGAGAAACAUCAGCAGCUGCAGUUGGUAAUAAUGUUAAUAGUGUUAAUAAUGGUGGGGUUAGUGACUUUGAAAGACCAGGUCCACACAAUUUGACGAUGGGAUUUGCAGAGAUGGGGAGAGAUAAGUUAACUGGUGAGCCGCCGCGGAGGCGGUCAAGAAGCCAACUCAUUCAGGAGCUGCAGGCGGCAUAUCCACAUUUCUUUUCUUGA